GAAAGGACAACAGAGAUUGGAAAAUACAUUUGCAAUUCAGCUUCGUUGCAUUCUUCUAAACGGAGGGUCAUAUUCAUCAAAUCAAAGACCAUGAACUGCCUGAUGAUCUUCAUGCUAGUGGCUCUUUUAGUCAUUGCUUGUGGAAUACAAGAGUCAUCUGCAUCUCUACACUUAUGUUUCAUUAGUGGGGGCGGGUGCAGAAACCUUCGUUUGUGCCUUGCUUCUGGUGGUACUAACAUUGGAAAAAUGGGAUGUACAUGGCCGAAUGUAUGCUGUAAAUGAUACUGGCCAGAGUCUUGACAAUGGCCACUGAGGAUCCCAUGGAACAUUCACCAAGAGUAGGGACUAGGGGGUGUUAACCCCUGUGUCUUGGCCAGAUGCCCAACUGGCAACUCCUACUGAAUUGACUAUUCCUGUUUGAGCCUUUUGUCAUGAUUUGUACUUCCCUUUUGCGGAAUAAAAUUGCAAUGAGAAAAC